AUCCAAUAUGGAUACACCCGAAGGAAUCGGAAUCAAAAUGUACAACGCAGCCCCACAAAACGACAUCGAAUCCGCAGUACCCUACUCCACCGACCCCGAGCAGCCGCCGUCGUCUUCGGCGGCUGGGCCUGGUGGUCCCGGACAAGGGCGGAAGCGACGCGCCGUCGCGAAGGGCGUGCAGAAGACGCUAUCGAAAACAUCCAUGCUGGCAAACUUCCUCCCCACUGGGACGCUGCUGACUUUCGAGAUGGUGCUGCCAUCCAUCUACGGAAGCGGCGAGUGCUCCCCAGUCUCCACCACCAUGAUGCACGUCCUCUUGGGGCUCUGCUCUCUGUCGUGCUUCUUCUUCCACUUCACCGACAGCUUUCGAGGGCCCGAUGGGAAGGUGUACUAUGGCUUCGUGACGACGAAGGGACUGGCUGUGUUCAAGCCGGGUCUGGACGUUGAAGUCCCCAAGGAGGAGAGGUACAAGUUGGGAGUGACCGACUUUGUUCAUGCCCUGAUGUCGGUGAUGGUGUUCACGGCAAUCGCCUUUUCGGAUCACCGGAUCACGGAUUGUCUGUUCCCCGGACACGAGAAGGCCAUGGAUGAGGUUAUGGAGAGCUUUCCAUUGAUGGUGGGGAUCGUUUGCAGUGGUUUGUUUCUUGUGUUUCCUAAUACUCGUUAUGGCAUUGGGUGCAUGGCUACUUGACCAGGGUGCCGCCGGUACUAAUCAUACUAGUCUUUCAAAGUUUCGAAUAAAUUUUAGUGUCAUACAUGAAAUUUUAAUUAGCUAGCUAGUCUCUUAUAUUAUAUAAAUGUAGUACCACUAGUAGUAAUUGGGUUAAUUUAUUGAUUAUAUAUAUGAUGAAUUGUUCCACGGUUGAAUAUUUUAUUCUGUGUUUGUAGAUUUUAUAUUUAUGAACACAUAUUGUUGUUUAAAUGGUGGAUAGAAUUUGUGGUUGGUUAGUAUAUUAUACCUUAAUUUAUUUCAUGUUGAUUUUAAUAAUUGUUUUGUUGAUUGUUAACUUUACCCCAUUCCAUGUCGUUAGUUUCUUUUCUUUUUCCUUUAAGGAUUGGUACUUGUUAGACGAUUUUUAAUUGUUAUUGGGAAAAGUGUAUAUAUUAAUGUUCGUAUACUUUGAUUGUAUUAUAUUGAAAAGCUUU